UUGUGUGAACAUUUGGUUAAAAUACAUAGUCGAUAACUUAAUUAGCGUUAACUUUAAAGCCUUUAAAGCAAAAGAAGCAAGUGGGGACGCUAAAUCAGGUUCAGAACACCACUUAGGCUAAAAACCUCCAUGGCAGAUCCUAUAGGAUUCCCAUUCGAGUUUGCCUUGCGGCUCACGGUGGAAUUGCGAUGGAAAAGCAUCGGAGACGAGAAUGAAUUGUAACCAGGAGAGCAGAAACUUCACCACGGAAAAAGUGCAGAAAUAAUCGCUACGCCACUGCCUUUGGUGGCCGUUGCGUCACUGAAGAUUGAUGUGUGAGAACAAGAAUUGUAAUGUGUGUAGCGUAUUUGGAGUAAGGACAUUGUGACGCAACUAGGACCUCAGAACGUCUGCUCUGCAUCGCCCUUCCGCGGGAAAGCGUUUUCCAUUUUCCGCUCUCUAAUGAGUUGUCGUAAAUCGCGUCUCAUUUGGGGAGUUACGGAAAUUGCAAUGUUAUUAUUGAUGAGAUCUAUUCAUAAGACCAUAAUUUAGCCAUCUCCUUAGCGAUGGUCAUUAAACUUGCCGCAGCACUUCUGUGAUUGAUGUCCUGCGAUUCUCAGGAGUAAUUAGAGCACAUCUCGCUGUCUCUGUUCGGCGCACGAGCGGCAAAGGGUGAAGCUGCUCGCAUUCCGUCAUAUGGGGCGAAAGGAGUCACACAUGUUCGGUGGCGCGACUGAGAAUGUGAAAUGGCUUUUCACGUGUGUGCGGCGCGUCCGAAAUUUCUAAGCUCUUGCGCGGGAAAGCUCCUGCCGCUCCAGUUCCCAUCCAUUCCUAUGUCCCGCCAUAGACUCCUCGCUUCUGCAAUCCUGUUGAAAUAUCCACAUGUUCAAUUUCUAAGCCCACAUAUGUGAAAUUUGAAUUUGACAACAUGCAUGUGUGGAAAAAUUUCCUGUGAGAACCUUCCCGGCGCUUUUCACCCCGCGCUGUGCGGCGCCGAGGAAAGCCUGUGAUUGCUCUCGGUUAGAUGGUGGCUUCGCGGCCCACCUGCUGGAGAGAUUGUCACGUGGCGCACUCCGGGGAUGUUCUCACACGUGAUGGUGUGUGCAGAAUCACUCGGCCCAGUGUGCGGACGGAAAAUUUAUGUUCUUUACUAUUGUAUUUAAAACUGUUGGCCGAAUAGGGCACCAGAAAAGCCUGCACGCGCCCUCAAAUCUCCUCCGCGACUUCCUCUCGCGCGUUUGUGCGUCGCACUUUUCCUACACACUCGCCAGUCUAAUGCUGGAUUCGCCACAAGUGGCAGCGGCCAAUAAGUCACCGCGGAGGUGCAAUUGCACGCCCAAUAGUCAAUAGUGAUUGUAAUGAGCACAAGAAGAAUGUUUGCAAAUGAAACAGCAGCCAACAAGUAAUAAAUAAUAACAAAGUGCUCAGCAGUAACAAAGGAAUUCCUUAACGGACUGCCGCAAAGUUCAUUACCAUUAUACAAUUGUUGGGUGUUUCUCGGGACACAAAUGUACAAAUCGCGAGGAAAAUAAGUAUCAUCAGCAGACGCACACUGAGGCAAGAAAUUGGGAGAGAAGAGGUGGAUGAGACUAACAAUUCACGCGGCGCUCGUUCCGCACCUUCAAAUCACUCGGCAGCGCUUCACCUGAAUCAGUCGCCAUCGGAGAGUCGCACUUGAAGAACAUUGCUGGCGAAGAACGCCGAGAGUUCAGUGAUAAAUUCGUGAAGUGAUCGAAAAGUCUCAGACAAUUUAUUCUGCAACAUCUUCUGUAAUCUUACUAUGAUCCUGCUUGGAAUCGACCUGAGCUGCCCUUUGGUUCAAACUAUCGCUCUUUUUGGCGUUUCCGCGGCCGUUACUGUGAUCUUCCUGCUCAAUCUCUACUGCUAUCUUACGUGCGGCCGGUGCUCAUCGAAGGCCAAAAUGGAAGGCAAGACAGUGAUCAUCACGGGCGCGAACAGCGGCAUCGGCAAGGAGACCGCCAAGGAUCUCGCGAGUCGUGGCGCCCGCGUCAUCAUGGCGUGCAGAAAUCUGGACACAGCCAAGGCGGCGCAGGAGGAGAUCAUCAAGGCCAGUGGAAAUAGCAAUGUGAUCCUGAAGAAGCUGGAUCUCAGCUCUCAACAGUCCGUGCGCGAGUUUGCUGCCGACAUUGUGAAGACGGAACCGAAGCUGCACGUGCUCGUGCACAACGCCGGCAUGGCGCUGGCCAUUCGCGGCGCAAAGAGCGUCGACGGCAUCGAACUGACCAUGGCGACAAACCACUACGGACCCUUCUUGCUCACACACCUGCUCGUCGAUCUGCUGAAGAAGACCGCGCCCAGCCGAAUAGUCAUCGUGGCGUCGGAGCUGUACAAGCUGGCGUGCGUGAACCUGAACAACCUCAAUCCCGUGAACACGAAGCCGGCCGCGUAUCUCUAUUACGUGUCCAAGUACGCCAACAUCUACUUCGCGCGCGAACUGGCGCGCAGACUCGAAGGCACGGGCGUCACGGCCAACUUCCUGCAUCCCGGCAUGAUCGACAGCGGCAUCUGGCGCAACGUGCCUUUCCCGCUCAACUACCCCAUGAAGCUGAUCACGCGCGGCUUCUUCAAGACCACCGAGCAGGGCGCGCAGACCACCAUUCACCUCGCCGUCGCCGAGGAGCUGAACGGUGUGUCCGGCAAGUACUUCAUGGACUGCAAGGAGGCCACGCUCAACAGGGCGGCGCAAGACAUGGAAAAGGCGGGAAAACUGUGGGAGGAAUCAGCGAAAAUCGUCAAACUCACAGCGAACGACCCCAAGAUCUGA